CUACAAGCCGAUCUUCUGCUGGAUACUGCUCUUCCAUGUUAGUUGUUUCAUUGCGAGUUCUGCCGUGCAAUUGAUUUCCCGUAUCGAAGAGAUCGACCUCGAUACAGGGAGCAGCUGGGGAAGGCCUCGUAACGGGGUUUGUGACCUGAGCAUCCGCCGUCUAGCGUCUGGGAAUGUGUGAUGUAGUAGAUGGAAUCAUUGGCUUUGAGGCGGAGGGGUAGACGUCUUAGAUAUGCUGAUCUAGCAUGGGCAGAUUCUCCGAUCAAAGAUCUUUCCUCGGCGGUGCCAUAUCUACGGCUGCGUCUCCUUUAAGGAAUGGUUUUGUGGAGGUUAACUGUCGGUCACCAGUUACCCCACGACGGAUUCAACCGCCGUCUUCCCACGGCCCCGAAAGGCUGUGGAAUAUCAAUACCAAUCCGCCUCGAUAUGGAGCGUACAGCAACUUGCCAUAUCUACCUACGCCGCGGGGUUUUUCGUUAACAGAAUCUGGGAAAGAUCAGGCCGGGCGACAUGACAACUACAUAUCAUCAAGCACCACGCUCAUUUCUCCAUCUACCAGCUCCUCAUUCCUCCCUCUCACUCCCAGCUUCCCUGCUCCCCCAGUGGAAAAGCUGGGAACGUUCUCCGCAAUCAAUAUCAUCCUCGGUAAGACUGUCGGGGUAGGUAUCUACAGCAUCCCCUCCUCGAUCCUGACCUCCGUCGGCUCAGUCGGGGCCUGCAUCACGCUCUGGAUCCUUGGUUCCCUGAUAUCUUACUGCGGUCUCGCCGUUUACCUGGACCUCGGAACGGGAAUUCCUCGCUCUGGUGGAGAGCGUGUGUACCUUGAGCGUAUCUUCACGAGGCCGCGGAUGCUGGCUACGUGUUGCUUUAUGGCCUACGUUGUACUCUUGGGGUUCAGCACGCCGAAUUGCAUAGUGCUGGGGGAGUACGUGAUGACUGUCGCUGUGGGCGUCAUUACCUUGACUUGUGUCAUACAUGCAAAGUAUCAGAAGCUUGGACUACGCAUCAUCAAUGUGUUGGGCGUGGGGAAGAUGCUCAUUCUCGUUAUUGUCAUCCUUUCCGGGCUUGCGGGAGCAUUUAUGGGCGUUGGGUCUUCGAAUCUCCCUUCUCUCGAGCGUCGACGAUUAUCCCUUGAAGUAGGAGACACCCGUUCUACAGCGCAGAGGAAUUUUUCCAAUCUCUUCGCCGGUUCCUCGACGCAACCACACGACUACGCCACUGCUCUCCUUAAGAUCCUCUACUGCUUUCGCGGCUACAGCACCGCGAACAACGUCCUCUCCUCCCUACACAAUCCGAUCCCCACCCUCCGCGUUGCUGCCCCCGUCGCGCUCUCUCUCGUCUCGAUUGGCUACAUUCUCGCCAACAUUUCCUACUUCCUAGUCGUCGAACUCUCCGAUUUUAGAUCCAGCGGAACAGUUAUUGCCGGCCACUUCUUCAAGACCAUCUUCGGCGAGCUCGUCGGCGAGAACAUCCUUCCGCUCUUCAUCAUCGUCAGCGCCUUUGGAAACAUCGCCGCGACCAGCUUCGCGCAGGCACGAGUGAACCAAGAACUCGGCCGCGAUGGCCUCCUACCUUUCCCACGGUUCUGGUCUCUCCCCCACGAUCUCGACCCUCCGCUCGCGGGCCUCGCACUGCAUUGGCUCGUCAGCGUGCUCGUGAUCAUCAUCCCGCCGCCGGGCGCCAUCUACGAAUUCCUCGUCGACAUCGGCGGCUACCCAGUCUCCGUCAUCAGCGUCGCCAUCUCGCUGGGGCUGCUCUACCUGCAGACAUCCCCGCGCGAACACUGGAAUAGCCCGUUCCGCGCCCGCAAGAUCUAUACGCUGGUCUUCGCGGCUAGUAAUUGCCUCCUGCUUGUCAUGCCCUGGAUCCGCCCGGAUCUGCAGAAGGGCGAUCCCAGGUUCCCGUACUAUGCAUACCCGGCGACGGCGCUGGCGGUCUUGGGCACUGGUGUGCUGUACUGGAUCUGGUGGGCGCAUGGGAGGAGGUUGGAGAUGGGAAUGUGGUUGUGAUGCACACUGAUGGUGGAAUAGGUAUGUAGGAUGGUGGAGAAUGGGGGAUUGAUGUGAGGUUGGGAUGUGUGACGAUCGAGCGGCUUGGAUCUACAGUGGCAGG